CCGAGCUGGUCUGGACAUGAGUACGAUGCUCGAUUUUACGUUUACCGCAUGGUAUAUGACGUAAAAUCGUGUAUUUCGUACAAAUAGUUUUUUUUUACUAUUAAUAUAAAAUAUGCUGAACUGCGACUAUAAGCAACCAUUGUGAAAAAGUGUAUUUAUUGAUGAAUGUGAAUAUUGUACCGACCGUACCGACGUCUGCUAACAUUCGAUUCGUUUUAGGUUAUAACAUUUAUUUAAGCUAAAUUGCUCUCUCGACAAUGAUUAUUUAAUACGAACUUAUUUCGGCGAUGCAAAAUAGUUGUAUUCGCGCUAUCGAAUAUCCCUAACUUGUAUAUUAGUGGAUAUUUAACGUUUUCAACGCAUUAUUAUGGUUAUAGAGGUAAAUCAAUAUGGCAGAACAACAACAAACCUCUCCUGGUUUCAAACACAUGUCUUUGGAUAAGAUCAUUGAAGCUAUGACUCCAGAUUUGGAAGGUUCCAAUGGUCAUUAUGCCCAGUUUAAUGUUCCUUCACAACAAACCACUUCUCGUAAUUGGGGAGAUUAUGUACCUGGACAAACUAGACAUCAUGUCACCAGUCAACCCACACAUUCUAAUUCUGGAAUACAACCUAUGACACCAAUGACCACAUCUCUGUAUAUGCAAGAUAUGUCCAGUUAUGAUACUACAACCACUGAUUCAAUAUAUUUUCCAUCACAAACAACAGUAAAUCACCUAGGCAUUAAUGAAAAUAAUGAUUUAAUUGGUACCAUUGAUGUCGGAGGUGGUAACUAUAUUAAUGUUAUUUAUGGGAAUGCUUCUCAAAUUAUGGCUGAGCAAUGUCGUCUUUCAAAUAUGACACCCUACUCUAAUCAAAGUAUUGUCAAUCAGGAGUAUGGGCUUUUCAAUGAUCAACAUAUGACUGUACCAUCUGAGUUGCCAAGUCAAAACUUUAAUGGAAAACAGCUAAUCGACAAUCUAGUUGAAAAUUGGGUGCCAAAUCAAUCUGGUACUUAUAGUCCAUUUGGAGGAUCUCCCAAUAUCACACCUGUACCACAAGCUGUACGAGAUGUAAGAGAAAGCGAGGAUUUACCUUCUAGAAAUAUAUCUGACUCUCAAUACAAGAAACCAAGAAUGGUGGCUGAAGUAAAGCCUAUGCGACCGUCUUACUCUGAUGUUUUAACAAAAUCUGCACCCACUCCGCCAUCUCCAUUAACGGUUCAACCUGUGAAACCAAAAAUCGAGAUAGCAGGCAAGAAAAUCUCUAAUAAGAACAUGAAAACUAAGAACAAGCCUACAUUAUUGAAGAGACAAAACUCGUCUGGUAGCGAUGAUCACAAUUCUCCGAAAAUGCAAAUUCCUAGAAAAGUUUUUGAAAAAAAUUCUUCCAACCUUCCAAGACGUUGGGUAUCACUAGACAAUCUUGGUUCACAAUCCGAUUCUCGUCAGAUAAACGCUUUUGAUAGAUCCGUUCAGUUUUGUUCGGAAAAGAAGAAAUCUGAUAAGAAAUCAUCUAAGAAAACAGAAAAGAAUGAAACUCUCAAUAAUACCAAGGUACAAAACAAUAAUCCCAAAACUGCAGGAAUUCCGAAACGUCCGAUACAGAUAAAUAACAAUUUGAACACAAUCAAUACAUCCAGUCAGACAAUCUCAUCUGAAAGAAUAGAAAAGAAUCAACAAAUUAUUAAUAAAGUGACUAAAGAGGAUAAAAAGGCGGUCAAGGAAAAGAAUCUUAAACGGUUUCAAACUGAAAAAGCCCAGCAACAAAUUAAGAAGGGACAAAGAAAUAGGAAGAGAGACAAUAGAGAAUCUUCUAUUAAAGAUUUAUAUAAAAACUUGAAUAAGUAUGCGACUCGAUGGAGCAAAAUUUUAUUGAAAAUCUUUUAUUGGCUAUUGCAUUUAAUCUCUGAUGUAGUUAGCAUGAGCAUCAACCUGGUUAUUCAACUUGGCAAAUGUGCUUGGUAUCACACCAUACUUUAUUUAAAGUGCUGGUGGAUAUAUGUGGCUGUGACAUUUUGUAAAAUUCAUAUUUUAAAUGCUAUUGGUAAACAAUUGGACAAUUGGCUUGGUAGUAGUAAAUUUGCGUUCUGGCGAAAGAUAAAUACUAAGAAGAACGAAGACAAAGAAGACAAUGGUAAUUGGAUUCAUGGUGGACUAGAAACUAAUAUCGCAUUACCCAGCACCGGUGAGGAAGCCAUGAAAAGAUUAUUAGCAUGCAAAGGAAAGGAUCCUUACAGCAUACUUGGUGUUACGCCUACAUGCUCGGAUGAUGAUAUUAAAAAAUAUUAUAAGAGGCAAGCCUUUCUAGUGCAUCCGGAUAAAAAUCAUCAGCCAGGGGCGGAAGAAGCAUUCAAAAUAUUGGUACAUGCCUUCGAUAUCAUUGGGGAACCGGAACGUAGGCAAGCGUUUGAUCAGACUAGACAAGUCGAAGCGGCUUGGGGCGAGCUAAGCGAUUUGCUAUCUCAACUUCAUCGAAAGAUGGAACAAGCAGCAAAUACAAUAAGAUGUACAAAUUGUGGCUUGAGACACAAACGUAUCCCUACGCAACGUCCUUGUUAUGCCGCGCGAUUUUGUAAUCAAUGCAAAAUACGUCACAGUGCAAAAGAAGGUGAUAUAUGGGCAGAGUCUCGUUUAAUGGGUUUCCUAUGGCACUAUUACGCGUGCAUGGAAGGAGCUGUGUACGAUGUAACUGACUGGGCAGCUUGCCAAGCUGGGAAUCUCAAACAUCUUAGAGCGAAUACGCAUAGUGUCCAAUAUAGAAUCGUCUUAGGACAAAGAUUACCGUCUCAAACACCCAAUAGCGGUAAAAAGCGGCAACAGAUAGAUCCCAAUACAAGCGAAGCGGAUUUCGAGGAUUUCCUAAACAAUCUCUACAACCAUAGUAAAUCUGCUGGCGUUAAUACAUCGGGAGAUCAAAAUUCUUUCAGAAGUGAUAGCAGACGACGCAAAACUAAGCGUAAGAAGUAGAUAAAUAGCAGUAGAUGAACAAUUGCUAAGCGUUUGACGUCGUUAUAUAAUUAUAAAGUGCGUAUCACAUUAGAACGCAUAUUAUACGCAAUCUUAAAUUUAUAUAUUAUCCUUAAAUAAUUAACCUUAGCAUAUAGAUGUUAUAUUCAUAAAACGUUAAUAUCUGUGACUGAUACACAAUAUGAGAUUAUGAGAAACUGUGUUCACGAUGAACGUACAUGUACUACAAAACAUCAUAUCGAGUAGACUCACAUUAAAAAAAAGAAAAAAAAACUCUGAGAAUGAUAGGAGAGUAUCACAAUAGUAAUUAUUUAAAACAACAGAUACAUUAAACGAAAAUAUUCAGUGCGAUAUUUUAUAGAUUUAAAAUAACAAAAAAAUGUUGAUUGUCUCCAAGAUAAUACAUAGAGAUGCCAAAUAAUGAUCAUAGAAACAAAGUAUUGUAUGCGUCGCAAAGCUAGAUUUGAACAUAAAAAUUUUUAUAUACGCA